AUGGUCGUUAUUGGCCGUCCUGCCGUGCUCAGCCCGUCGUGCCGUCCAGCUGUGAGCCGCAGCCCGGCCGCCGGUCGCAAAAAACCCACCCUACCACCAGACCGUGAAGCACCCUCCGCCAUCCCAGCGCUCUCCCAGGCGCGAAAUCCAUCUCGCCGUCAUGCCGCCGCCGUGCUGGCUCCUCUACCGCGUCCUCACCCUCGCCCGCGUCCCCCAAAAGCCCAGCGCGCCCGGGGGAUGAGUACUAUUGACACGCCCUACUCGCCGCUCGAGACCCUGCUGCUCUUCCAAUCCCUCGCUGCUUAUGGCGUAGAACCCGCCGUCUUCAGCAGAAUCUCGGAUCUGCUGAAGAAAAACCCCCACAUCACCUCCUCCGACCGCUUCGAGGUCGGCCGCCUGAGCCCAGACUCGCUGCGCAACUGGUACCUCAAGGAGCUGAAGCGCGAGGCCCAAAGCGAGAAGCAUGACGGCGCAAACGGCGAUAGCGAGGGACACAAUGGAGAGGUCCAAAACCCACGGAAGCGCAAGGCUCCCAGCCCGAGCUUUCCCACGGUGCAAGAAGCAUCGCAGCACACCCAUCUCAUCCCGAGACUGGUUGCGAAGCUCUAUUCGGGAUACAGGGCCCAUGUGACCGAGUUGAUCCGGGACGACGAACGCAGAUACGACCGGCUGCAGCGCGACCUGGAGGAAAUCGAGCAAGGGAAAUGGGACGACAGGUUGCAGCAAGACACGAACGGGACGGGAAAGAAGCCUGCGAGACAGAGCCAGACGCCAACCAAGCACGCCUCACAAAGGGCAACGCCAGAUGAUACAGCAACAGCAGGCUCUUUGGUUCCUCCGACCACUGCACAGAAACCUAGUAGCGCAGAGCAGACGACUCCGAAGCCAGUGGAAACUCGAAAUGGUCAGCCCACUCUUCAACCAGAGAGUAAACCCGAGCCUGAUCCGUCUCCUCGCAAAACCACAGCAUUGUUGGAUAGCCAAGCGCCACCGGCUACACCUCACCUAACCCAACCUCAACCACCAAAUACUCCAGGCCAUGCUCGGAUACCGUCUCAGCCUCAAGGACCCCCGAAGCCUCCGCUAACGCAGUAUCCCGCAGCUGGGUAUACCACAUCGCCUACAGCCGUCCAUCGUUCUCCGUAUCCUCCCCAGCCUCACUCCGGUCAAUUUCCGAUAUCCUCAGCUAGUCCAAAUGCUCCAAGUGCUGCACCAGCAGGCCACCCCCCGUCUCCCGCCGGAGUCCCUGCGUAUUCUACCCAAUAUCCUCAGCUACCUCCUUCGCCAUACUCUGCGAACGGCGUGCCACAAUACCCUGGACCGUCUCCUGACCAUCUUCAAUACCCUCCGACCGCGCAGCGGUAUCCAGGGCCGUACACCCCUGGACAGCCAUCCCCCGGUCCAGUGCCUUCUUCUCAGACUCCACAACAGCAGCGGAGCUACUAUGCUCCGUAUGCAACACACCAAACUCCGUAUCCUCCGACUCAGCAAGCGCAUCAGGCUCCUCCCAUCAUGCAAUACAUGCUUCCACCAUUCCAGGUGACUCCUCAGGACCCAACUCGAGCAUAUCAGCAACAGCAAAAGACCGCUCAGCAGGUCCAGGUAUCGACGCCGAACAAUAGGCAGCCUCUUGUUGCUACACAAACUACAUCUGGAACCUCUCAACCAUCCGCACAGCCGCAGUUUCCACCUCGUGUGCUUCCAGGACAUCUUCAAGGUCCAUUUUCCACUCCUUCUGGUGUACGAGGUCCGCGUCCGUCUCUCACACUUGCCACGCCAAGUAGCGUCACUCGCUGGAAACAUUCUGCGCAGAAGCCUCCACGAUCUCCCGUCCGCGCUCCUUCCCCAGAACCCCUAAGUGAUGCGGAAAAUGACGUCAAAGAACCCGCUCAGAAGGCGUCAUCAUCGAAGAGUGCAAGUAAGCGGAAAACCAAGUCGAAGGAUACCCUGAGGACCGAAGACAUCUCUGGCGAUGUCGGUGUGCGGCAAAUGCGCAGCGGGCGAAUUCAGCCGACAAGACCACGAGGAGGCAGUGUCACGCCGUCCGUUGUAGGGAGCUCCAUUCGUGGCCGGACCAGGAGUCAGUCGGUGACAUCUCACACGGAAACCAUGUCCGCAGAUCACGAAUCGGCUAUGGGAUAUAAAGUAAAGACAGAGCCGGGAACGUCUGCUGAUAUGAUUGAUGAUGAUCGCAGCGCAACCAAUACGCCAGUAGUUGCCACACGCCGACGUGGCGGCACAUUACAAUCUCUUCAAUCAAACAAACGGAAACGAAACGUCCGAGAAACGUCAGUGGCCGACUCAGAGGAAAUGCCAAGCACGCCUGGUUUGCAGACGGUCGUAGCUCCUCGACACUUCUCUCGCAUGUGUAACCCAAUCAUGAACGACAUCCUGUCACACAAGCACGCAUCCAUCUUCAGUAACCCGGUCAAAGAGAAGGAUGCGGAAGGUUACUACGACAUCAUCAAGCGACCUCAGGAUCUGAAGUCAAUUCGAACGGCGAUUGCGGCAGGGGCUAAGGCCGUCCAAGCUGCGGCCAGCUCUGAUACUCCCGCGGGUAGCCCUGGCGGAGGAGGAGGUAAUGUGAUACUUCCAUUGAGCCCAGAAGUAGUGCCACCCAAAGCGAUCGUCAAUUCUGCUCAAUUGGAGAAGGAGUUCAUGCGCAUGUUCGCCAACGCGGUCAUGUUCAAUACGGGCGAAGACGGCGUGGUGCAGGAUGCAAAGGAAAUGUACGAGGCAGUAGAGAAGAGCGUGACUACAUGGCGUAGUAGCGCAGAACGAACAACGGGGCGGAUGGAGAGCGAGGAUAUCGGUGCAGAGGACGAUGCACCGACGACGGUUAAGCGGCGAAAGAUGUAGAGCGCUUGCUUGAAAUUUGAAUAUUAGAGUAAUCCCACAACUCCCACAUACCCGUGGACUACUACAUCUUUUGGUGAGGACGAAAGACCCCUGCACGGGUAGUCCAGAAGAGUCUUGGCGACCUUAUUUCGACCUCCCCUUGCCCACUUCUCCUUUUACUUCUUGCUCACUCCCACACUCCAUCUAUGUUCCAUCGAUCACUCCACUCAUCUCAUCUUAUCAAUACAUUUGUCGGUCUUUGUCAGCCCAGUCAUUUGGCAUAAAUGCAUGCUCGAAUGACGGCACGUAGUGCCAUCGAAGCCAAUGACGUAAAGGAUACGACCAGUGCACUUAGCAGCAUAGCUGCGAUCGAGGUUGGGUCAUAGCUUGAUAAUUCUAUCAAAUUGUCGACCUGCCCGAUCAACUCCAGGACAUUCCUCUCGUGC